AGAUGGCGCCUUCUGUUCUGCACACACUCUUCCUGUUCUGUCUCUGUGGCGGCUCCAGCUCAGGUGAAUCUUCUUUAGACAACAAGCCUGUGACAGUCCAUGUUGGGCAGAAGGCUACGAUCUACUGCAGCCCUCAGAAGAUGCCACAGGAUGGAGUGUACAUGCAUAGACAGUUGUUCAAGGAAGAGAAAAUGUUAUACUUUUACAAAGAUGGUACUUUAACCCCCGAACCGCUCUUCGAGAAACGAUUAGAAUCAAACAAAAACUUAAACGAGUUCUCAGUGACCAUCAUAAACGCGACAGUGUCGGACACUGGGGCUUACUGGUGUGUGUUCAAUAACGAGGAUCACAACACUGUCAGCAAACAGAAGACUCUGUUACAGGUGAUAGGUAAACAAAAGGAAUGUUCAACAGAGGCUCCCAAUCUGUCUCUGAUCAUCGUGUGUGUUGCAGUCGCCUUCUUUAUGCUUUUUAUCACCGUCAUCCUGCUGUGGACCAUACCAAAGCUAAAGCACUGCUGUGAGCGUGGAAAAUUCACUCCCCACCAGCAGCCUGACGGAGUGUAUGAGGACAUGCGCGGACGCCAGACAGGGAACACACUCAUCAACCCUGCGUAUCAGACCAGCCAACACAUGCGCACCACAUAUGCUCACUAAAGCCACACACACCUUCACCACUGUACACACCAGAUACCAAACCAGCUCAACACACACCACUGUGAACCCCAACAAUCAGUGCACAAACGUUUGUGCUCCCCUGCUGUAAGUGUAAAAUAGCCACAUCCUUUACACUGACACACUUUCAUACACAUCCACUUUUAUUUCCUGAUGGUAGAUAGGUUUUUCUUACAAAAAUGAAAUAUUUGAUUACAGGAUAUUUUUUAAAAUAUGUUUUAUUUGUUUCAAACUUUUAAUGGAAAUACAGUGGCUUGUAAAAGUUUUCAUACCUAUUAAAUUUAUUCACAUUUUUGUAACAUUAUGUAUUUUAUCAAGAUUUUAAAUUAUAGACCAACACAAUAUAUCACACAAAUCAUACAUGGUUAUCUAAAUAGUGUGACGUGCAAAGGUAAUCAGCCCUUUUUUUUUAUCUGAACACCUAAAUAAAAUCCAGUGCAAAAAAUCUAGCUGUCUGUAAUUUAGUCAAAGUACAAACACACCUGUUCUGUGAAGGCCUCAGUGGUUUGUUAGAGGACACUGGUGAACACACAACAUCAUGAAGACCAAGAAGACAGAUCGAGCAAGGAGAGCACUGGUCAGAGAAGCAGCCAAGUGGCCCAUGGUCACUCUGGAGGAGCUGCAGAAAUCCACAGAUUAGGUGGGGAAUCGGUCCACGGGACAACUUUAAGUUGUGCACUUCACAAAUUGCCCUUUAUGGAAGAGUGGCAAGAAGAAAACCAUUGUUGAAAGUAAGACAUAAAAAAUAGUGUUUGCAGUUUGCCACAAGCCAUGUAGGGGAGACAAAGGGGAGCAAACAUGCAAGAAGGUGCUGUGGUCAGAUGGAAGCAAAGUUAAACAUUUUGGCCUAAAUGCAAAGUGCUAUGUGUGGCAAAAAAGUAACACUGCUCAUCCCCCUAAACACAAUAUCCACACUGUGAAACAUGGUGGUGGCAGAACCAUGCUGUGGGGAUGCUUUUCUUCAACAGGGACAGGAAAACUGGUCAGAGUUGAUGGAAAGAUGGAUGGAGCUAAAUACAAGGCAAUCCUGGAAGAAAACCUUUGGGAGGCUGCAAAAGACUUGAGACUGGUAAGGAGAUUCACCUUCCAGCAAGACAAUGACCCUAAACACACAACCAGAGCUACAAAGCUAAAUUACAAAGAGUUUCUGUGGCCAGACAUUAAAAAUUGCUGUUCACACAUACUCUAUAUACAACCUGUCUGAGCUUAAGCUGUUUAGCAAAGAAGAAUGAGCAAAAAUCUCAGUCUGUAGAUGCACUGGUAGAGACAUACUCCAAUAGAAAAUGCAGCUGUAAUUGUAGCAAAAGGUGUCUGUACAAGUAUUGAUACGAGGGGCUGAAAAAUGUUCUGAUCUACUUAACAAUGAUGUGUACUUUGUGUUGGUCUAUCACCUAAAAUCUCAAUAAAAUUAGGUUUGUGGUUAUAAGGGGAAUGUGAAAACAUUCAUAGGGUAUGAAUACUUUUGCAAGCCACUGUUAGUCUAAUAAGUGGGUAAAAUUCCCUAUUCACAUUUACUGUAGAGAAUUUAUUUACACACAAUUGCAAAAAGGGGAUUUUUUUAGCUAGCCAUUUCUGAUGUCUGUUAGCUGACAAAACAGAAUUAGCAGUUAGCUAGCUAGCGUUCUCCUCCAAGUAUUUUCAGCUUCAGUGGUGCUGCAUUAGCGUGGUCUGUAUGUUUAUACUGCUUUUAUAAGCUUGAACAGAGGAUGAGAGUGUGAAGGAAGGAAAAGACUGAAAUGUAGCAAAACCCGUCGGCUAUGUUUACUGCCUCUUAACAGAGCUUAGCAUAGUAGCUAACAAAGGCAAAAGCUAACAUAGAUGUGCAGAGUCUUGUAAUAUAUACAUAUAUAUACACAUGUGUAUAUGGUAGCUAUUUUAACAGCUAAUAGUUUUAAACUGGUUAGAUGUUUUAUAUAAUAAUACAUUAACAACUGGCUAACUGUUGAGUUUAUAAUUGAUUGUUUCUUAUUUUUUAAGUUUUAAAGUGCUUUCCAUUUUAAAAGAUUGUCUCUGCCUUUAUUUUUUUUUAUGAUUUAUAAUCUCUCAAUUUUUAAAGCAGAUGAUUUUUUUUAUAACCAUUUUGCUAGUUUAGUUAGAAAUGUUCUGAUAAAGUUAUUGUUUAUUAUCAUUCAUUAUCACCUGUGAUAAAUAUGUAUAGGCCUGUCACAAAAACAUUUUUUGUGAACGAUAUAGCAUCCCAGAAAUUAUUGUGAUAAGCAAUAUUAUUUUCAUUUUAAGACAAUAAACAGAUAAAUAAAUAAAGAAAUAAAUACCACUGACAUAAUGAUAAUUAAAUAGUAUAUCAAAACAUUCAUACCCUUUUAAAGACAACACAAUUUUAAUUAAUCAAAGAUUAGGAAAUAUGUACUUUUUUCUUCACCUACUGCAGUCGACACUGUAUGUAUGAAGUCAUCAGUCAUUGAGGGACUAGCCAAAAUACUGUUCACUGUUAUAUAUGUGAACAAACAAAUAAAACACAAUAGACAAUAUCACAAUUAUUAACUAUUAUUGAGGUCAUGUCCAUUUAUUGAACGAUAAGUCGAUAAUGUAAUUAUUGUGAAAGACCAUACACAUAGUGUUACAGAAAUCUGUAUAAUAUAUAUCACUGUAAUUGUACAGUGUUACUGUAGUGGAGUUACUGUAAACCUGAAAGACCGGACUGUCACAAACUGUGUAAUAUUUAUGUAGAAAUCAUAGGCACAUGUAAUGAAGGACAUGGACUGAUGUUUUUCCCACUUUCCACUGAGACACUUUAUUUUUCUUUAUAAAAUUGAACUAUACAUUUCUAUGUCAUUUAUAUUACAAAACAUAUUGCCACUGUCAGAGUGAAUGCACAUAUCUCAACAAAGCUGACUUUCCAGAGGAAAACAAAAGCCUUUUUUACCUUGUAAUGGAAGUGAGUAUGAAGAAAAGCUUACAGUUCAGUUUACUGAGUUACUGAAGUAAUAUAGGGCAUAUUUUUUUGUUAUCAAAUUUUUUUUUGUGUGAUGAUAACUUUUUAUAUAUUCAAUAUAUGUGUAAUGUGUAAUAAUAUAUUCUCAGUGUAUUAGUUUUGCAAAAUGUUUUCUUUAGCUGAAAUGAAUGUACUGUAUUAAAUUGGAACUGCCUCUUAGUACAAACACACUGUAAAUUGCUUUAAGUGUUCAGAUCAUUAUAAUCUAAAUAAUAAUUGCAAUGAACUUACUCUAGUUUUGUAGACGUCUGUAAAAAAUCCGAAACCUGAACUGAAACCAAUAAAAAGGGUUGUAUCUUUGGUACUGAACAUGGGUUCUUUGACACCAGCAAAACACGUAUUCAUGCUGAAUAGAACAUUUUCAUUUAUCUAUGUAAAGAACCAUUUAACUUCACAAAUAACCAUUUAAGUAAAUAAAUCUUGAAGAAUUUAUUUGAGUUAACAAAAUCGAACACAUGCAGACAUGCAGAAUAUAUGAUGCUAUGCACAACCACUUUUAGAACAAAUUCUAUAUUAGUACCACCAACAAAACAUUUCCUAUCAAUGCCUGUCAAGAACCACUGAACCAUCUACACGUUUUUUUUCAAGCUGUUAUAUUUAUAUUUAGAACCACUGUCUUUACUAAAGCAACCACUAAAAGACCUUUUGUAAGAGAGUUAUUACCAGCAACAUUCAACUCAUUAUUUUUAAAGCAUACAGAAUAUUAAAUUUAAUUUAAACACUUAAAAUAUUUUACAGUGAAAAUAGAGUGAAAACAAAUUCUGCAAUACAUGUAAUAUAUGAUAUAUGAAGUUUUGCACUGGUUUGUUUGAUAUUGAAUCUUAAAUAAAAAAAAAAAAAUAAA